AUGAGUCGUGUUGCCGACUAUGGUAGUCCUCCACGGGAAAAAAGCAAGAUUAGCUCGUGUAAGGAGGCGAUGUUUGGAGAACGUGCACGUAAAUGGGCAUUCAUAUUUAUUGUUGCAUUUCUAGCCUGUUUGACGAUUAAGGAUGUUGUUGAUUUGGUUAUCGAAUACUGUGAAGAACCGAAGCAAUCAGACAUGAACAUUGUGUUCAACGACUCAAUGACUAUGCCGAAUGUGACGUUUUGUAUGUCAAAGCAACAAGCAUGGAGUCAUUUUAAGAUCAAUGAAAGUGCGCCGGUGGAUGAAUGGGAUAUGAUAGUCGAUGAAGCCCUGGCGAAUAUGACAGAUCACGACAGUUUCAUUAAGACUUUGUGGGAUUAUCGAUUAGUCAUGGAAGCUUAUGAUAUGAUCGCCACCUAUAACAGUAUGGAGAGGGAAACGACAGCACAUAAUUCUGCUCGAUCGAUCAACAUCUUUCGGACUUCACCACGAUUAGCAGGGAAGAGGAAGACGUUUAAGAAAUGGAUGGAAGCACUUGAAUCUCGGAAUGUCACAUUCGAAGAAUUCACACAGAAAGCUGGCACAGAGGCGCUACGUCGCUCCAUGCAACGUUUCGAAAGAACCACUUUUAACGAGGAUUUAGUGGUGAAAACAAAACUACGGAUUUCAUGGAUAUCACAAAUGCAAAUAUGUUUUCAACCAUGGUUCGAUACUGAUAAUUUCUAUACUAUUGAUGAUCAGGGUAACUUCUUCACAAUGAUGUUAUCCCACAAUGCUGAGAAUCUCAACGGUGAACAUCUCGAGUGUAUGAGUGUCGACUUCCACGGACGUCCUUCAUCGUUAAAUCGAUUUAUGGAGGGUAAGGGAAGGGCGAGAGAUGGAUUCACUUUUGAGCUCUGUGCUGGGCAGAGACACGAGGUUUCAGUUGAGGUACGUGCCCUUUAUCAGAUGUUGGAGAACGAUGAGCCCGGAAAAGCUUGUCGUGAUGUGGAAGAGGGUGAAGACAGUGAAUUCGACUGUAGGUCACGUUGUCGAAUGGAAAUGAUACGGGACAUGUGCAAAUGUACACCUUUGUCACUCAGCUACUUAGCAAACGAUGAUUUGGACAAAUUCCCUCUAUGCGACUAUACAAAAUGUGAAGUAGACGUACAAAAAGGUAACUACUCGGACAGCGAAUGUGGCAAACGUUGUUUCCGUGAUUGUCGUCAAAUCCGCUACGAAAUUGAUCACGAAGUUCAAGGAAGGAUGGUUAGACCAGAUUUAACACUGAUCAAUUUGAACUGGGGAUCAUUCGAAUAUCUCACAAUGGAACAACAAUGGAAAUAUUCAAUCACAGCAUUUAUCGCUGCUCUUGGAGGUUCUAUUGGAAUGUGGCUUGGAUUGAGUAUACUCUCAUUAAUCCAGGGAGGAACAUAUUUGUACACAUAUCUAACAAAGAAGGUUGUGAAGGAAAAAAUACUGAAAAAGGUGUCCGAACAAAAUCGCCGAAGAGAAAGCAAGCUCUCCGGACUCGCGGAUUUACCGACGAAGAAGAUAUCGAUAGCAGCUAAUCCUUUCGAAAACCCGUUUAGUUCACCAUCACAUUCUCCAAAUUAUGAGCUUAAAGAAGUUUCUCCACCUGGCUACAGUCGUAACCCUAAUCCAACUAAAAUACAAGUGGAUUAG